AUGGAUUCCACCGAACCGGAUGCGGAAACACCCCUGCUCGGCAACACAUCGAGUCUCCGAGAACCCUCAAGCCCUCAUUACAAUGCCGAUUUCACCUUGACAAAGCCACUCCAUUCUGGAGAUGUCGGUGCACGGUCACUAGAGGACGACGUUGUGCCGGAGACGGCGGUUCUUGGACGCAAUUUGGGAUGGAGCAGCGCAUACAUCCUCAUCAUCUCACGGGUUAUCGGAAGCGGUAUCUUUGCAACUCCCGGCGCCAUUGUCAGAUCCGUCGGGAGUAUUGGCCUGAGCCUUCUUCUCUGGAUUGCCGGGGCCAUCAUCAGUUGGUUCGGCCUGAUGGUUGCGCUGGAAUACGGCUGCAUGCUUCCGCGCUCUGGGGGCCAGAAGGUCUAUCUCGAAUUCACCUAUCGCCGCCCGCGUUUUCUUGCCUCGACUCUCGUUACUGUGCACGCCAUUGUUCUCGGAUUUACCGCCAGCAAUUGCAUCGUGUUUGGGGAAUACCUUCUCUUCGCCCUUGCAAAAGCCCCAGCUGAACACCCAGUUCAAGUUAGGCUUCUGGCUCUCGGUCUCAUGACCGGCAUUACUGUCCUCCAUGCAUGCUCCAUGCGGACAGGCGUUGUGGUACAAAACAUGUUGGGCUGGGUCAAGAUCGGCUUGGUGAUUUUCAUGACGGUCUGCGCAGGCGCCGUUGUUAUAACACGAUACACGCCGAGCGAACCAGCCUCAGCCAGCCGCGAGCUUCAUGUACACUCCUUUCCCUCAACUUGGAAUGGUCUCUGGGAAGGCUCUGUCUGGAACUGGGGUGUUAUCAGCACCGCGCUAUUCAAAGUGUUUUACAGCUAUGCCGGUCUGCAGAAUGUCAACAACGUCUUGAACGAGGUGCGCGAUCCUGUGAGAACGCUUCGAUCUGCGGCUCCGACGGCGCUGGUUACGAUCUGCUUGCUUUACCUCCUCAUAAACGUAGCUUACUUCCUGGUCAUCCCGCUAGAUGAGAUCAAGGAAAGCGGGGAGUUGGUCGGUGCAUUAUUUUUCGAGAGGGUAUUUGGUGAAACUUUAGGGAAGCUCCUGCUUCCCUUGGCCAUCGCAGUCUCAGCAGCAGGCAACGUUAUGGUCGUUACAUUUGCUUUGAUCUACUCAUUCAUUCUCGAGGUGGAGGGCUAUCCGGGCCAGUUCUUUUCCCUCUUUGUUUCCCUCGGACUAAUUCGGCUGCGGUGGACUCGCCCGGAUCUCAAGCGUCCGUACCGAGCAUUUUUGCCGGCUGCUUGGUUUAACGUCCUUUUAUCCACUGCUCUGCUGUGUGCUCCGUUUAUUCCCUACAAUGGAGAAGACUGGAGUUCGCAUAUAUCCAGAGUUAGCUACGCGUUGGUAGGGAUGUCUGUCAAACCUGGUAAGCACAAGGCAACCAUCCGUGACGGCUUAACACUAAUCAUGUUAUUUGCUUCGGUCGUCUUCUCCAUAGCGGGUGCCGCCGUUGUUACGGCACUCCCAGCCAAGCAUGCCGAACACCCCAAAUGCACAGCACCACAACAGAGACGCUCUUGGCACGACAUAAGUGACGCCGACAAGAAGGCUUAUCUCGCCGCCAACCGCUGUAUUUUGACUUCGCCCCAGAAGCUCAACCGCCUUCCUGGUGCCAAGACCAGAUGGGAUGAGCUGGUCUCCCUUCACCAGAUUCACGCCCUGCAAAUCCACACCACGGGCCAAUUCCUGCCGUAUCACAGAUACUAUUUGAAGACUCUGGAAUUCCUGCUGCAGGAGUGUGGAUACACGGGUGCCAUUCCCUACUGGGACGAAACUCGCGACGCCGGAAAAUUCUCCGCAAGUACUAUAUUUGAUCCUGUUACCGGGUUUGGAGCAGGUGGCACGGCGGCGAACCCCUGCGUCCCCAACGGCCCCUUUGCAAACCUCACGGUGAACAUCGGACCAGGGUUUAGGUCAGAGCCCCGAUGCGUCAACCGUAGGAUCACAGAUUUCUUCAGUUCUCAAUGUGGGACGUCGUAUGUCGCCGCUGCGCUCAACCAUACGACCUACGAGACUGCCCUGGAUGGCAUCUACUCCGGCCCUCAUCUUUUGGGACAUAUGGCACUAGCAAUGAUGGACGGCAAUUCGAUCACCUCAUCCGGCGACCCCUUGUUCUUCAUGCACCACGGAUUCGUUGACAAAAUGUGGGCAAACUGGCAGGCGGAAGAUCCCAAAAAGCGGCACAAAGACAUCGGCGGGCUAAACGCGCAGGACCCAGAGGUAGGCUUCUCGGAGUUCCCUGGAGGGAUGGAGCAAGAGUCUUCCAUGUGGGGAAAGCCGUCGUCUGCAAUCUUGGCCGUCACACCGGACCCUGCGAGUGGCGAUAAGGGCGGGAAGUAUGUGACAUUGGACCAUGUCAUGUCUUCCCUAGGUAUUAUCCCCAAUGCUACUGUCGCGGAUGUGAUGGAUAUCAAGGGCGGAUACCUGUGCUACGAGUAUGUCUGA